AUGGCAGGCAUCUCACUUUCUACGUUCAUAUUCUCCAUCCUUUUCCUCAUUUCCACCGUAAUGGCCGCCACAUUCGACAUCCUCAACCAGUGCAGCUACACCGUAUGGGCAGCUGCUAGUCCCGGAGGUGGCCGGCGUCUAAACUCUGGCCAGUCAUGGACGCUAAAUGUCCCGGCCGGCACAUCAAUGGCACGGAUUUGGGGUCGGACCAACUGUAACUUUGACUCUUCGGGCCGUGGUCGAUGUGAAACCGGUGACUGUACGGGCGGACUUCAAUGUACCGGUUGGGGCCAGCCACCAAACACGUUGGCUGAGUAUGCGUUGAACCAAUUCAAUAACUUAGACUUCUACGACAUCUCACUUGUCGAUGGAUUUAACAUUCCUAUGGAGUUUAGCACAACCAGCUCGAAUUGCAAGCGGAUACUAUGUACCGCGGACAUAAACGGACAGUGUCCAAACGUGUUAAAAGCGCCGGGCGGUUGUAACAACCCAUGCACGGUUUUUAAGACGAACCAGUACUGUUGUACGAACGGACAAGGAUCAUGUACCGACACAGAAUAUUCAAGGUUCUUCAAACAAAGGUGUCGCGACGCCUACAGCUAUCCACAAGACGACCCGACGAGCACUUUCACUUGCACUAACACUAACUACAGGGUGGUGUUUUGUCCAAGAGCUACCGUGCCAUACCAGCUCCCGAUCCAGAUGGUCACCGAGGAGCAUUAA